AUGAAUGGAAAGAGAUUAUUCAACCAAUUUCACACACGGUUGACUGUGAAAAAAUUUUCCUCUUCGAGUGGUCGUGGUCUCAUAUCAUUCAUUCUCAUGAGCUCAUUUCUUGUUCUUUUUCUCGUCGAGACAUCAAUGAUGAUUCACGCACAACAAAUUUAUCCUGCACUCAAUGAUGCCACUUGUCAAAUUUUGACAUUUCCAGCUAAUGCUUCUUCCUAUUCCACACAAUCUUGCAAUGCCAUCAAAAUAUUCAGCAGUGAAGUGGGACUAGUCCAUUUACAAGGAAUUGACAUCCUCUACGAUCCCGUAGGUGUCUCCUUGUGUUCGACUCGUGAUUCCGAAUCUCUUUGCGAUAAAUUUCUAAAUGCCACUUACUUUGAUCAAUUUGUAAAAUCCGAUUUCACAGCACUCAACAAUGCCUUUUAUCAACGAUACAACAAGACUGGAUUCGUGUGGGAUGUGAAAAUCAUGUCCAAACCAUUGACACUUUCAUUUUCAAAUUUUUCAAAUGCCAUUUCUUUCAAAGAAUUGUUGGACGCUUACAAUUAUUGUAAUUUUUGUUCACAUUCAAGAUUUGAAGCAUUUCACACAUUGAAAAAGAACAAUCCAGAUGCUCUUCAAUUGAAAGCUUUGGAAUUGGCUUAUUCGAACAAGCAUUGUGCAAAUGGAAUUCCAACAAUUGAUGCACCUGAAUAUUCAGCAACGAAUGAGGGAUAUGAUGUGAGUGUGACCAUUCAAUGUAAUUGUAGAAAUGGUGUGCUGUCAAAUGUUUGUGAUUUUUAUUCGGAUGUGAUUUAUCCUAUAUUUUCAGGAAAGGAGAUUUUGAUCACGUCCAUUGUGACUUAUGUCUUACUAUUUCUUGCCUCACUCUUCCUCAAUUUUAUUCCCAUUUUGACAAGUGACGUGCGAAAAUUCAUUCGGUCUGACAAGACCUUGAAAACAUUUUUCUUCAGUUUUACAGACCUUCGAUUACAAGCUUCCUUUUUAUUUUCUCUUUCAAUGAUUUUGGCAAUUAUUUCAAGCUGUUUGGGAGUUGCUGGAAAUUCAUAUACUGUGUUGACCAUGACAUUGGCAGCUUGUUUGGAAUUUAUUGCCUACAUUCCAAUUUUAUUUUGUUGGAUUGAUGUCAUUUAUCGAACAGAGAUGAACUUGUCGAAGGCUUCUUGGAUGAUCAAUUCUCUAUCCAUCAUCUUCUCAGUAGUUUUUGUUGUUGCACUAGCUCUUUACAUGAUUGGAUACUUAAUUUUGUCUGCCAGUUUUAACUAUGCCGUUUACAUUGUGGUUCAGCUUUUCCUCGUCGUGGUGAUUAUUGCCGCCGUGGUGAUUGUUUUUAUUUUAAUUGUGACAGCUGGCAGAUUGUUAUUCAUUCUCUCCAAAACAAAGAAGAUUAAUAUUUUGGGUUAUAGAUUUACUAGAUUUUUAAUUUACGUCACAAUUUUUACUUGUCCUUAUCUCCUACAAGCUGCUUAUUAUAUCAUGACAUCUGUUGAACCACGAAUGGUAUGCCGAUUCUAUGCUCUCUUCUCCUAUUUCCUUUCAUCACUUUGUGUAUCUUUCAUAUCUUUUGGAUUUCUUUACAUUUUAUUCAACACAGAUGAUCUUUUGAAGGCAUAUCCAUUUUUGGAUAAGAUUGUCAACAAGAUUGAUAUUCAGAAGAGUAACAAAUGA